AGUUUCCUAUUAAUGGCUGCUGAACCAUUACUUCAAACACAGCCAAUAACUGAAUCAGCUCCAUCGUCUCCGACCAAUUUCUUUUCCUCCGGUUCCGAUUCCGAUAAUGACUUUUUCGCUCCGACUUCCUGGUCUUCCAACAACUUACAGAAGAAGAAAUUCCGCCGAUCCAGAACUGCUCCUGCCUUGGUUUCCGUGAAUGAUCUCUUUGAAUCACACCCUCAUGAAGAAUCUGACCACUUUGAACCUACUUCUCUAGUCAGACAGGCCGCUUUUCUGCUUGUUAUUUACCUCUCUCUAGGUGUAGUAGUCUAUUCUUUCAACCGUGACCACUUCUCUGGAGUUGAAACCCACCCUGUUGUUGACGCCCUUUAUUUUUGCAUAGUCACUAUGUGUACCAUUGGCUACGGCGAUAUUGCUCCAACUACUCCUUUCACCAAACUCUUUGCUUGUAUAUUUGUGCUUGUGGGUUUUGGGUUCAUCGACAUUUUGUUGAGUGGGGUUGUCAAUUACGUACUGGACUUGCAGGAGAAUUUGAUAUUGACCGGUACUCGAUUACAAGGGCAGCGGCAAUUAACUAGCAAUGACCAUAGGCGUAGCGGAUUAUCCGCCUGUAUGGAUUGCAUUGUCGAUGUAGCAAAGGGCAGAAUGAGAAUCAGAUUGAAGGUGGGUUUGGCUCUAGGAGUUGUGCUUUUGUGUAUAGGAUUGGGGUCAAUGGUGUUGUAUUUCCAGGAGGAUUUGGAUUGGGUUGAUUCGGUUUACUUAUCGGUAAUGUCUGUUACCACUGUUGGAUAUGGUGAUAGGGCUUUCAAAACUCUGCCGGGAAGGUUGUUUGCUUCAAUUUGGCUUUUAUUUUCUACCCUUGCGGUGGCGCGAGCUUUCUUGUAUUUGGCAGAGGCAAGGAUUGACAAGAGACACAGGAGAAUUACCAACUGGGUGUUGCAGCGUGAAAUCACCAUUGAAGAUCUGCUUGCUGCUGAUAUUAACAAUAAUGGUUUCAUUAAAAAAUCAGAAUAUGUCAUUUACAAGCUCAAGGAGAUGGGAAAGAUCAGUGAGAAAGAUGUAAUGCAGAUAUGCAAUCAGUUCAACAAGCUUGACGAAAACAACUCUGGGAAGAUAACGUUACACAGCCUCUUGCAGAGUCAUUUAUAGCUGAAA